UGAAAGUGCUCCUCCCCACCCCCUUUUUCCUGUGUUACUCCGCUGUGGCGGAAGUAAGUCGUAUCGCUGAGGCCUCAUCCUUCCAAUGGCGACUGCAAACAGGCUGAAUAGAAAGCGGGAGCAACCGUGGAGGGGGUCAGAGCUGUGUAACCGAAAUUAAAUAAAUAUAUCAUAUUCUCUGUAGUCAUAAAGUUAGCCUAAAAUUUGUUUCACCUCUCUAAAUCACGGCCGAUUCAAUGGCCAAAAAUCGGAACAUUUCGCUCCUUGAGUCGGAGCUCUAUUACUUGAUUUCUCGUUUUCUAACAACGGGUCCAUGUCGGAGAGCGGCUGAGGUCCUUGCGAGUGAACUAGAGGAAUAUCAGCUCUUACCGGGGAGAUUGGACUGGCUUGGGGACGAGCACCCGAGGACAUAUGAAGAUGUGGUUGCAGCCAACAGACAUAUUGCACCAGACCAUUUGCUACGGAUAUGUAAGCAGAUUGGACCAAUUCUUGACAAAGAGGUGCCAUCAUGUGUCCCAGGUGUUCACUCUCUCCUGGGGUCUGGAAAGCAGUCAAUGCUCAGGACUGCAAAAGACUGCGACAGUGUGCGGUUUCAAGCUUCGUCAUAUGCAGCCCUUCACCGGGGCAGACCACCAGAGAGGCCUUUGAACUGCAAGAAACCUCCACACCUAGUGAAGGUCCUUGGAGGGAGAGAGCUGACGGGAGCGCAACGCUUCAGCUCCAUCAAUCCUGUCAGCAACUAUGAGCGCAUGCGGCUGCAUAGGCGGAUCCUGGGGCAUCUGUCUGCAGUGUACUGUAUCGCUUUUGAUCGCACCGGUCUCAGGAUCUUCACAGGCUCGGAUGACUGUUUGGUGAAGAUUUGGUCUUCGUUUGAUGGAAGGCUUCAUUCGACGUUGCGAGGACACUCUGCAGAGAUCACAGACUUGGCGGUUAAUUACGAGAACACACUAAUCGCCGCAGGAAGCUGUGACAAGACCAUCCGUGUAUGGUGCCUUCGUACCUGUGCCCCUGUGGCUGUGCUGCAGGGACACAGUGGAUCCAUUACCUCCCUACAGUUUUCACCUUUUGCCAAGGGCUCAAAACGUUACAUGCUGUCCACUGGAACUGAUGCUACCGUCUGCUUCUGGCAGUGGGACGUCAACAACAUCAACUUUAGUGAUCGGCCGCACAAAUUUACAGAGCGGCCGAGGCCAGGAGUUCAGACGGUCUGCUCCUCAUUCAGUCCAGGUGGGAUGUUCUUAGCAACAGGAAGUACUGAUGAUGUCAUCAGGAUAUAUUACGUUGGAAGUGGGACUCCAGAAAAGAUAUCAGAGCUCCAUGAGCACACGGACAAAGUUGAUAGCAUCCAAUUUUGCCACUCAGGUGAAAGGUUUGUGAGCGGAAGUCGAGAUGGAACAGCGCGGAUCUGGAAGCUCCAUCAGCGACAGCAGUGGAGAUGCAUCUUGCUCAACAUGUCUGCCACUCUUCCAGGUGCCGAACCAAUGAGCGAAGAAGAAAGCUACUUCAAACCCAAAGUCACCAUGGUAGCGUGGGAUCGCCAUGAUAAUACAGUCAUCACGGCUGUUAACAACCAUCUCCUCAAAGUGUGGAACUCCUACACAGGACAGCUGCUACAUAUCCUUAAAGGCCAUGAGGCUGAGGUGUUUGUCCUGGAGCCGCACCCUUUUGACCCAAGGAUCAUCCUGUCUGCCGGCCAUGAUGGGAAUGUCUUUAUAUGGGAUCUGCUGCGAGGGACAAACACACAGCACUACUUCAACAUGAUUGAGGGCCAGGGUCAUGGAGCCGUUUUCGACUGCAAAUUCACCCCGGAUGGCCAGCGUUUCGCCUGCACAGACUCCCAUGGCCAUCUGCUCAUCUUUGGCUUCGGCAGUUCCAAGCCAUAUGAGAAGCUUCCAGACCAGGUGUUCUUCCACACAGACUACCGGCCGCUGAUCCGGGACACCAACGGCUUUGUGUUGGACGAACAGACGCAGCAGGCACCCCAUCUCAUGCCCCCGCCCUUCUUGGUAGACGUAGAUGGAAACCCCCAUCCGCCAAGGUACCAGCGUCUUGUUCCGGGGAGGGAGAACAUUGCUGCAGAACACCUGGUUCCUCAGCUCGGAUACGUAGCCACCAGUGAUGGCGAGGUGGUGGAGCAGGUGAUCAGCCAGCAGACUGCAGAGCAUGAGGAGGUUGCAGUAAGACGCAGCAGCCUUCUGGACGAGGCCAUCCGAAAUCUCCAGCAGCAACAGGAUCAGCAGAACCAGCCAGGGACAGAGGCACGGCCGGGGCUUGGAGCAGUACCUGAAGGGCAAGCUGAGGCACAGGGCCCGGCCUUGGCACCAGCACCAAGCACACCACGUAGAGUAUCUGUGAAUGAUCGAGCAGACGUGCAGUCACCCCCUAAUGUGGGUCUGCGCCGCAGCGGACAGGUGGAGGGUGUCCGGCAGAUGCACCAGAAUGCUCCUCGCAGUCAGAUGGCCACCGAGAGAGACCUGCAGGCCUGGAGACGCAGGGUGGUGGUUCCUGAACUGGCAACCAGCAGCUACAGGGACCAGGAGGACAGUCGCACAGCCAAAGGAGAUGAGGAGGUGGCUCUGUACAGCACAAAGAAGAGACGCAUUAUGUACAGCAGCUGUCGAGAUGAUUCAGAUGAUGAACCUCACACUGCGAAGCGAGCACACGGCCACAGUGACACGCUGGAAUUCAUGGACUUGUCGUGUGAAGAGGGAGAGGAGACUGCAAGCUCCGAGGUACACUCUGAGGACAAUGAAUUGGAUGGCAGUGAACUGGAUUCCUCCAAUGAUGAGGAAGAGUGGAAUAGUGACAGCUCAAGCCACACAUCCAGCGAGUACUCGGACUGGACGGCAGACGCUGGCAUCAACCUGCAGCCCUCCACCCCCUUGUCAUCACGCAAACGAGUGCAGCGCAGACUCAGCACCUCGGAAGAAGAGGAGGAAGAGAAUGAUGAAGAGGAGGAGAAGCAGCAGCAGCAGAGUGACGAGGAGGAAAAGCCUGGGAAGAAAAGCAAAGAGAAGGCCAAGAAAGCAAAGAACAAGUCACCCAGGCGUCCCAAGGCCAGACCAUCCAUCAACAGAGAAGUCUCCAAUGAGUUCAGACCCUCACCAUGGAUCACUGAUGUCAUUCCCAGGAAGUCUCCUUUUGUUCCUCAAAUGGGCGAUGAGGUGAUCUACUUUCGGCAGGGGCACGAGGCCUAUGUGGAGGCCGUGAGCCGAACUGAACUGUAUCCCAUCAACUUAGACAAACAGCCCUGGAAGAAAAUGGAGCUGCGGGACCAAGAGUUUGUGAAGAUCACUGGGAUCAAAUAUGAAGUCUGCCCUCCAACACUUUGCUGUCUGAAGCUGACUCUUAUUGACCACGGCACUGGCAAAAUCACAGACAAGUCGUUUUCUGUCAAGUAUCACGACAUGCCAGAUGUGAUAGAUUUCCUUGUGUUGAGGCAAAGUUAUGACGAAGCUCUCCGUAGAAACUGGCAGCCAAAUACCGUGACUGUUCCUCCUUCUCCUAAAUCUGGUAACAUCUUCUGCCGUGCAGACGACAGGUUCCGCUCAGUGAUAGACGAUGCCUGGUGGUUUGGGACCAUCGUCUGUCAGGAGCCCUACCAGCCAGAAUACCCUGACAGUCUCUUCCAGUGCUUCAAAGUCAGAUGGGACAAUGGGGAAACAGAGAAACUGAGUCCCUGGGAUGUGGAACCUAUUCCCGAUGAUGCCCAGCAGCCAGAGACAGAGGGAGGUGGUAUCCCUGUAACAGCAGAUGAGAUGAGCGAGCUGAUGUACAAGCCUCUGCAAGGGGAGUGGGGGGAGAGGAGCAGGGAUGAUGAGUGUGAACGCAUCAUCGCCGGCAUCGACCAGCUCAUCAACGUUGAGAUUGUAGCUCCCUUCUCUGGUCCAGUGGACUUAAUCCAGUAUCCCACCUACUGCACUGUGAUCGCCUAUCCAACUGACCUGGGCACCAUCAGACUGCGACUCCUGAACAGAUUCUACAGGCGCCUCUCAGCAUUAAUUUGGGAUGCCAGAUAUAUUGCACAUAACGCCCGCACUUUCAAUGAGCCGAGGAGCAAGAUUGCCCACUCUGCAAAAAUCAUCACAAAUGUCCUCCAGAAAUUUGUCAAUAAUCCAAGCUGCACAGAUCUCAUGGAGAUUUACAAUGCUGUUGAAGAAAUGGAUGAUGAUGAUGAGGAAGAGGAUACAGAAGCACCAGGAACAUCCUCUGGACACAGACUGCGUCAGCGCUCUGUAGAGGUGGUACCAGACAGAGACGCCUGGAAGGAACAGUGCAAGAAUCUGCUCAACUACAUAUUCGAGUGUGAGGACUCAGAACCAUUCAGACAGCCUGUGGAUCCUCAAAACUAUCCGGAUUAUCAUGGCAUCAUUGAUACACCAAUGGACUUUGGCUCAGUGAAAAAGACCCUGGGGGAAGACCGCUAUGAAAACCCUAUAGAGCUGUGCAAAGACACCCGGCUAAUAUUUGCCAAUGCUAAAGCCUACACGCCCAAUAAACGCUCCAAGAUAUACAGUAUGACCUUGCGGCUCUCUGCCUUCUUCGAAGAGCAAAUCAGAACAAUCAUAUCGGAGUACAAAACUGCCGUCAAGAGCAGUGACAGGCUCCGCCGCAGUCAGAGGUUCCGCAAGAAAAUGCAGCAGCAGGAUCAGCCCUCCGCCACAACAAGUCAUAAGAGGGCUGCUGUAAAAACUCAGGAAAAAGUGGAGCCGACGUCCGUGACCAAAUCUACCUCAGCCAAAGUGUCAGUUCCUGAGAGAGCCAGGAGGAGUCAAAGCAGCAGCUCAGGUCACAGCUCCUCGGAGGACGACUCCAAAGCUGCUUCAUCAACUCCAGAGUCUGAUAGUGAGAGUGAGCUGAGUGAGUCAGAGGAGGAGAAACGCCCAGGUUCCUCAAGACACCAUCAACUCAGACAGAAAGCAAGAGUCACCAGAAGCAAAUGUGCCAAGCAGAGGAAAAAAGUUGCUGAGAGUGACAGUGAGGAGGAGGAGGAUGAAGAAGAGGAGGAAUUUGACAGCGAGGGUGAAGAUGGUGAGGAUGGAGAGAUGUCCUCCCAGUCUUCCAGUCGUCGCUACCCCAGCAGGAGUAAAAACAGCAGGAGCACAAGGCUUACCAGGAACAGUGCUGGCACAGAGAGGAAGCGCACAGAGGGCAGAGCAGAGGUGAACGGUCACAGUAGCAGGUCGUCUCGCAGGGAGAGACGCCACCGCCGCAACUCUGACAGAGCCACAUCCCAGGGCUCCGACAGGGAAGAGGAAGAGGAAGUGACGGUUCGCAGGUCACUCAAGAGAAAGACGGCGAGGGCGGCUGUGAAUAAGAUCAAACUCCUCGAAGCGUCAGAUGAAGACUACGAGGAGGAGGAAGAGGAGGAGAAGCCAAGAAGGAGCAGCAGCCGCCUCCGCCACCCAGUCCGGGCCAGCAAGCGCACCGCUGUGAUCCAGAGCAGCUCAGAUACUGACGAAGAGCCUUCAACAAGGGCUUCUCGGAAAAAAAAGGUAUCAGGUGGUGAAUCCAAGGACGAGGAGGAUGGCAAUGAGAGUGAUGCUUCAUCCUCCUCCCAGAAUCAGCAGAAUGGAGACACGAGGUCCAGCAAAUGGAGGACAUCAAGACAAGCUGCUAAGACCAAGGGAAAUGAUACUUUGUCCCAUGUGAAUGGACACAGUGCAAAACAUCACAAGCCUGACAGCAACUCUGAGCAAGAGGAAGCUGCAGAGGAGAGCUCUGGAGAAGCGGAGGAAGAGGAGGAGGAGGAGGAGGAACAGGAGGUUGUGUCUAAGAAACCCUCUAGAAGCACCGCAACCACUCCAGCCAGGAAAAAGAGGAUCACAAGUGAGGAGGAGGAAGAGGAGGAAGAGGUAGAGGACACUGAACGCAGGACCACAAGACACAAACCUCGUGUAAGCUCAGAUGAAGAGGACAGAGACCAGGUGUCUCAGAAACACCCGCACCAAAAUGGAAGAAAUGUGGAGGAAGCCAUCCACAAGGACUCUAAGAAAAAGAGUAAAGUUUCACCAUCAAAAAGCCAAGAUAAACAAAAAUCUGCCUCAACUAAUAAACUGGAUGGUGCAGAAUCGGAGAAACUCAAUGAUUCUCCAAAGAGAUCCAGCCCACGCAAGAAAAAACUGAAAAAAGAUGAAGAACCUGAUAUGGAAAGCAAUCACUCCAGUGAGGAAUUUGAGGUUGAAACCAAGUCAAAGAGGCCAACGAGAAACAAGAAUAAAUCGAAACGGCCUCAUGGCGACACCUCGGCUUCAGAGAGUUCUGAGCAGGAAUACAAACCCAAGAGGAAGUCGAGGAGGAAACGCUCCACUGGCUCAUCAGACGAAGAGUCGGACAGUUCAGGCAACACUUCAAAAAGACGGCUGAGCCUCCGAGCCCUACCAAAAAAGAAAUACAUCAGUGACAACUCUCUCUCUGAGGAAGACUCUGCCUCGGCGAGCCAGGGUAAACAAAGGAAUGGUAACAAAACAGCCACAGCGUCCAGGGAAGACAGGAAUAAUAAGAGAGAGUCUGACAGAAACUCCCCCAAUGAAGCCAGGAAUCAGCUGUCUUCCAAGAGAAAGCGUAUUUACACCUCAGACUCUGAAGAUGCGAAGGAGGGUGCACAAAAGGAGCCAGUGUCCAAGAACAGUAAGAACAGCCGGUCGGACUCCUCAAAGCGUCCCAAAAGGGAAUCCAAACAAACAGAUGGUAACCGCAACAAGGAAGUCACCUCUUCCCAAUCUGAUUCCAGCGAAGAGGAGGAGGAGGAGGAGGAGGAAGAUGUUGGUCGUUCAAGGAGCGGGAAGAAGAACUCGAGGCGGCCAAAACACAAACGGAAGGAAAGCUACAGCAGCAGCAAUCAUAGUUCUGACUCAGAAAGCGAGCAGUCAGCUUCGGCCUCCGAUAACUCCAGCUCAGGGUCCCACAGCAGUCCAAAGAGGAGAAGUCAUAGACGGUCUGGGAUUGGUGAAAGGACUGCCAGCCGCCAGCUAAGGCAGCGCCGCCGCCAGUCUGCCUCAGAGGAGGAGAAUGAGGAGAACAGUGGUGAGUCGUACAGCCAAUCGCAGCGCAAGACGCGAGUGAACACCCGUAAUCGGGGGAAACGGACAGUUACUUAUCACGACAGCGAAUAAAGGACGUUUGCGGCUGGAACUACAGAGAUUGACAUUAACUGGAGACGUUAAAGACACUUGAUGGCCACGUUAUGGUAGUAGCACUGGAGUCCUCGAGAGAAAAUGCUGUGAAUCUGUUUCAUUCAGGGAUAUUUAUAUUUUCUAUGAAAAACAUGUUUAUAGAUGUAAUACAAAUUCAAGCAUUUGAACUGCUGGUUUUUCGCAAGGAUACAGAGCAAAACACCACCUCCCAUACUGCUUGUUGUGAUUUGGCCAGCAGAGUAACCAUUCUGGGGAAUCUUGUCAGCUUGGGUGCUAUCUAAUAUACCUCUGUUUAAUCAAGCAUAUUGCUGGCUUGCACUAAGAUACACUGUAAUGAGGUAUUUCAUACACUAGUUUUGCAUUAGAAACUCAGGGGUCAACUAAGUUUACUGUAGUCUCAGACAUGCAGUUGUUUUUUGAGCUAAGGUAAGGACAAGAAACAAUUCCAGGUCAGCAGAUGUCCAAGCACACUCACUGGGACAAAACGAAUCCAUGUUCAGACUUUUGACUACAGCACUCCUUUGUAAAUCCACACACUUGCUUGACUGUAUUCUGAGUUGAUAUGAGCCAAAUGGACGAAUAUGAAUUCUUUUCCCCAUACCAUUUCAUUUUCUAUAAUUAGUUUUGUGUUGUAUUUUAGUGAAUAGAUGUAAAUAUAUGAUUAAGAAUGACAGUGUCUGAUAGCUUUGGCGAUCAGUCAGUAGCAAAACGUUUAUUUAAAUUUGAGCUUUUUUUUUUAUUUUCCUUUCUCUCUUUUUUUUUUUUUUUUUUUUUUUUUACAUUUAACUGUAUUGUCUUGCCAUAUGUCACAAAUUGGUACGUUUUUGCCAAGUACAAGUAACCAAAAGUACUUAUUGCAAAAUACUGUGAUUUCUCAUAUUGGGAAGACUUUUUAUUGUUGUCCUGUGUUACCUACUUUCAGUAUUAAAUUCUUUUUCAGAGUUGACGUAAAACAUUUUGCCAGUCACAUGGUUUAGUUUUGUUUAUGGGGAGGUUUCUAAAUACAGUCGCUUUAUGAAAUUUUGCUUAAUGUUUUUCGUACUACACCUUUAAUAACAGAUUUCACAGGAAAACUAUUAACGCAAUGUGGUUGUGGAGUGCAAUGAAUUGAGUUAUUCCUCCUAUUAAUAAAGACAUCAUUUCAAGGUC